AUGGGGCUCUCAGCACAGGCCGUGACAGGCCAGCUGAGACAGCUUAUUUACUAUCAUCUCGACAAUAUCAAUUACGAGAAUGCCCUAUUCUACGCCGAGAGACUUGUUGCCCACGAUCCGCGCUCCAGCGAAACCGCCUACCUCGUCUCCCUCAGUUACUUUCGUCUGGGCGACUACCGCUCCGCGCACGAGUUCAGCAAACCUCUUGGCUACCGGGGCGUACAUUUAGGUUGCGCAUAUAUAUUCGCUCAAGCUUGCCUUGUCCUCGAGCGCUAUAGGGAUGGCAUCGCGGCCCUGGAAAAGUCUAGAGGACUAUGGACCAAUAAAUUCAGCUUUGGUAAACACGGCCCUUCAACUCGGGCUUCGAAUCCCGAUUCUGCCAGCGUCGCCUGCUUGCUUGGCAAGCUGUACCGAGCAUAUGACGACAAGAAAAAGGCCAUUUCGUGCUUUGAGGAGUCGUUGAAAAUCAAUCCCUUCAUGUGGGAUGCUUUUACUGCAUUAUGUGACAUGGGUGCAACCAUUAGGACACAAAAUGUUUUCAAACUGAAUGAGACGCUUCUUCAAGGGUUCGAAUCAGAUCAGACAAGUGGUGUCCUAUCGGAGCAAAAUGGCACCAAUGCACCCGAGGUUCCGAUAUCCAGGAAAGCAACACAACGAAAUCUGAACCAUGGACCAUCGGAUCCAUUUGAGCCCCACAAAUCCACGGAUAGUGACGCUCUCACAGGCAACAAUCUGCUUUCGACGUCGAUUACAGAGAACGAUUUCAUGCUGAAGAUUAGUGCGGCACGUUCCAGAAUGGCUGGCAGCACGAUACCAGUGCCAGAUGGCCUAGACGCGCCGUUGACGACCAAUAUUGAUGCUCCGUACAUUGCUCGGACAGGAUAUCCUCCUGAACCGCCGGCCCACGGAGCACCUCGAAAGACCAAAACUGCCGCGGCAACCGAAUCCUCAAAUAUAGCAGAUGCGCCGCCCAGGGUGGGCUACCGACUCGGGACGAGGCGCACACAGCGGCAGCAGGAAAAGGUGCAGGAAGAGCAGUCUGUAGAACCAUCACAUCCCCAUAUGUUGAGAGCUUCCGCCUCGGCAGCAGUUUCUGGUAUCGAGAGGAAGCGAACUGUCUCCGGCCAACCUGUCCAGCCACGGCAACAGUCUGAAGAACCUGGAGCACCGCCAAGACGAAGUACAAGAAUCAACAUGUUCAAAGGUACCAGCACAAGGACCAACUCGGGAGCCGCAACGGUCGGCGCUGUUCCUGCGCGAGAAUUGAAGAAGGCUAGGCCCCCAAUUUCAAGGAUCAUGCGACCGACCUCUGCUGCCGGAGCAAGUGUCGGCAGGGCCGUAAGCGGGAACCGGAAACCGGUAGAAGAUCAUGGGAUGGACGUUGACCACGCCGAGGCACCUAGAGUAAAGGAGUUACAUCCACCACCCCCGGCAGUGAAAACCGUCGAGCCAGAAGCUGCCAAGGUAGAAGAGGCCUUGAAAUCCCUCCUCGGUCUCUUGAAGGCUUUCGGCUCUGGUUAUCUCGCUUUGUCACAGUUUCAAUGCUCAGAUGCCCUGGUGGCGUACAACUCACUGCCUUCGGGUCAUAAGAACACGCCUUGGGUAUUAUCACAGAUGGGUCGAGCCUACUAUGAGCAAGCGUCAUAUGCAAAGGCCGAGGAAUGCUACAGGAAACUGCGCGUUUUGGCGCCUUCUCGGAUUGAAGAUAUGGAGGUCUACUCGACUAUCCUGUGGUUCCUCAAGCGAGAAAUCGACUUGUCCUUUUUGGCACACGAGCUAGUUGACUCCUCGUGGAAUAGUCCACAAGCAUGGUGUGCACUGGGGAAUGCAUGGUCUUUAGCUCGCGACCACGAACAAGCGCUUCGGUGCUUCAAGCGCGCCACGCAGCUCAAUCCCAAGUUUGCCUACGCAUAUACCUUGCAGGGCCACGAACAUGUCGCUAAUGAAGAAUACGACAAGGCUCUCACGGCCUACCGCCAGGCUAUAUCGGCGGAUCGACGUCAUUACAAUGCAUACUAUGGCAUUGGACGCGUGUAUGAAAAGCUUGGUAAUUACGACAAGGCAUACGCGCACUUCCAUUCUGCAUCAGUCAUCAACCCCACGAAUGCUGUUCUGAUUUGUUGCAUCGGAAACGUCUUGGAGAAGCAGCGCCAAACUGUACAGGCGUUGCAAUACUUCAGCAAAGCCACGGAGCUGGCACCGAAUGCUGCCCAAACACGAUACAAGAAGGCACGUGCCCUAUUGGCACUUGGUCAGUUUGAAGCUGCACAGACGGAGCUCGAAAUUCUAAAGGACCUUGCGCCCGAUGAGGCCACGGUGCAUUUCCUCCUUGGUAAAUUGUACAAAUGCCUUGGCGACAACGGCGCUGCCAUUAGGCACUAUACUAUUGCUUUGAACUUGGAUCCAAAGGCAAAUCAACAAAUCAAAGAGGCAAUUGAAAGCCUGGAAGACGAGGAAGGCUACGACGACUCCAUGAUGGCAUGA